AUGGGUAUUUGCGUGUGUGUCUAUCGGAAAUCCAGUGUGAAAUCGUUCGAACCAGAAGUCCAGCUACAGAAACACCACAAAAUCAGGCUCUGCAUGGUUGUGAGCCCGGCAAGUUUCCCUUACCUGCCCCGGAGUCCAGUAUUGGAUAAAGAUAUCCGCGUGUGGUCAAGCGACCGCCCAUCAUCACUAGAAAUGUUCGUCUUCGACGUAUUGUCAAGCCUGUCGUGGGGGAAAGUCAAUUGGGGGAGCACUGGAGAUUUCAUGGGUACUCCGCUCCAGGAACGCCAUCAGCCGUUGUAG